GAGCUCCGCCAUGGACUGCUUGCAGAGGUUGCGGCCCAGUCCGGUCCAAUGUAGCUCUCAGUUGCCCCCCGAGCGGCCGCUGCAGGUGAAAGCGGUGGGGCUCUUCAAAAGCUCCAGCUUUCAGGUUGCGAAGUCUACAGCUGAGAGUCUGAAGAUUAAUUAUCCAUCCAAAUUUGAAGAUCCUAUAAUGGUUCCUCUUCAAGAAUUUGCGUGGGAUCAAUAUCUGCAGGAGAAAAAAAGGGAACUCAAAGAUGAAACAUGGGAAUAUUCUUCCAAUGUGAUGUGUUUUAUUAAUGAUAAAUUCCUGGGUGAUGCAUCUGAGCUGCAGAAAUGGGCUCACAAAGUGUGGGAUAUAGUUGAUGUUAAGCCCCCUGCACUUUAUGAGGCACUUACUAUGGAUUAUUCCACAAAAUUCUUAAGAGAUACCAAGCAUGUUUUUGUAUUCUUGGACAUUAACAUUAAUUUUUAUCCAAUUGGACGCUUGAUUUUUGAGCUAUAUUGUGAUGCAUGUCCCAAAACAUGUAAAAAUUUUCAGUUCCUGUGCACAGGAAAAGCAGGAUUUUCUCAAAGUGGCAUAAGGUUACAUUACAAAGGUUCAAUUUUUCAUCGAGUGGUACAGAAUGGUUGGAUACAAGGAGGAGACAUAGUAGCAGGAAGAGGAGAUAAUGGAGAGUCUAUUUAUGGACCAACAUUUGAAGAUGAAAACUUUUCAAUUCCUCAUAACAAAAGAGGAGUUCUUGGAAUGGUCAACCAAGGCCAUCACACCAAUGGGUCACAAUUCUAUAUCACCCUACAAGCAACUCCCUAUCUGGAUAGAAAAUACGUGGCUUUUGGGCAAUUGAUUGAAGGAACAGACGUUCUUCAGCAACUAGAAUUAGUUCCAACAGAGAAUGAAAGACCAAUAUAUAUAUGUAAUAUUUCUGACAGCGGAGAUCUUUACGUCUGAUUUCCAUGUCAUUAUUUUCUAUGAUCAUUUAUUACUUUCCAUCUAAUCAGCUGUUUUAAGGCUUAAUUAAACAGUGCUGGAUAACAUUUAAUUUAAAAAUUGUGGCAGACACUGUAAGUUGGCUCAUCUAACACUCUGUCCCUUCCCUUUUUUCCUUUCUUACCUCUAUCAUACAGACUAUAAAAGGGUCAGUUUCCCAGUCUCCUUUGUUGUCAGAAGUGGCCAUGAGAUAGCAUUCUGGCUACUGAGACAGGGGUAGAAUGCCAGUGGUUCAGUCCCCUUCAUCCAGUCUUGAAUGCAGACAGGCUGGAGCUAUCAUCUUGUGGCCACAAAGCAAAGACCAAGAGAACUGCUGAGAUGUGGGCUCCAACUUUCUGAGCUGUGGGACCAAUACCAGUAAUCACCUACCUACCUUUGGACUUGUUACUAUAUGAGACAAAUAGACCUCUAUGUUCUUUAUGUUAUUGAUGGUUAUGUUGUUACUUGUAGCCAAAAACAUUCUUAAUUUGAAUUCUAAAACAUUUGUAAUAGAAUUACGUUGUGGUUUAUAUGUACAUUUCUACAAUGAAAAAUUUGGUCAAUAACCAAAUAGGAAUGAUGCAAUAGAAAAAGCAGUUCAGUGUAACACCUCUUUGUUUCUAAAUAGCAAGGUAUGUGUACUUUGGAUGUUCUUAUAUGAUGUCAGCGUAACCCAUGGCUCUUUGAGCCAUACCAACCAUAUGAAAAUCAAGGGUUUGGGUGACGGUCCCCAUGGUAGUUGACCCACAUGUUACUGGAGAUCCACUUUAUGGGCUGCUUCUUAAUAUAACAUUGUCAAACCCAAGUCACCUGAGGAGCUUUUUAAAUACAAACUGUCUUUGACCUACUGAGUCAGAGUCUCUAGGUGUGAGGGUCUCUAAGUGUGGAAUAGGGAUUCUGUGUUCUUUAGUUCUUUUCCUAGUGGUUCUUUCUUGGACAGUGAGGGAGUAGUCAUUUGGGAAUCACAGCAAGAUAGAAGUUUCUGGUUUUGGCUCCUUUGGUAUAGUCAACAAAGAACUUCACUUCGUAAUUGGUCACCUUGCUCAACUCCUGUUACCACAUCUACCCUUAUGCCCCUGCUCUGCCCAGAGCCCUUGCACAUUGUUUGUCCUAAACAGAAGGUGGUCUCUCUUUCAAGAAUGAUAUUUGAUAUUUCUUUAAAUCAAUCUUUUUCUUUUCUUUUUGGUACUGGGGAUUGAACCCAGAAGCACUUUACCUCUGAGCUACAUAUCCCCAGCCAUUUUUGUUUUUUAUUUUGAAACAGGGUCUCACUAAAUUGCUGAGGGUCUCAAUAAAUUGCUGAGGCUGGCCCCAAACUUGAGAUCCUCCUGCUUCAGCUCCCUGAGUUUCUGGGAUUACAGUUGUAGGCCACCAUGCCCAGAUCUUUAAGCCAAUCUUAAAGAAGAUAGGCCUUUAACUAAUUGGGGGGUUGCCAAAGAUAGGCAUAUGUUUUUAUUUUAUUUUUAAGUAAUUACAGAUUUACAGGAAAUUACAAAAGUAAUACAGUGCAGUCCUGUGUACCCUCUACCCAGUUCCCCAAGUGCUUCCAUUUCACACAACUAUAGUCCAAAAUCAAAACAAGGCAACUAACACUAGUACAGAUGUGUGUGAUGCUGUUUUAUCAUGUGAAGAUUUGUGUAACCAACACACAAUGAAAAUAGAGCUUUUCUAGCACCACAAAGACUUCCCUGUGCUACCCCUUAGUUUCACCCAUGCCCUGUCCCCAACCUCCCUAAAUCCUGACACCUGGCAUGUGCCCCUUGUGCAUGUGUAUGGGGGCAGGGUGCAGCUUUACUGCUAUGUGCCAUACGCUUUAUACCAAGAUAGGAGGUAGAUAAGGAGAGAACAUACUGUCCAUCCCAUUUUCAGCUGAUCCAGAAGCAGAAAGUGUUAGGCAUGUGUUUUAGAUCCAGACCGCCUGGGUUGGAAUCCUGGCUCUGCCCUUUCCUAGCUGCAUGAACUCCAGAGCUUCUCUGGACCUGUUUUUGUCAGCUUUUUAACUGCUGUAGCCAAAAGACCUGACAAAAACAGAGGAUAAAAAAUUUUGGGGGGACUCACAGUUUUAGAGAUCUCAGUCCAUAGACAGCUGGCUCCAUUCCUUGGGG